UUUCCUCUUUAUUUCCUCCCUUUUUUUUUUUAACGCCUUUGAAAGUGACAUCCAUCUGUGCACCCCUUUUUAGCACUUCUUUGACUGCCUAAAAAAUCACUCGUGACCCUUGCUCUUCUCUUGGUCUUUUAAAACUCUGUUUCGCAAGUGCUCCAUUUUAACUUGUAACUUGUUGUGAUGUGGCAAAUUCGGGGUUUUCUUCUUUUUGGUGCAUACAAGGGUCUUAGUUUCUUUUGGAUUUCUAUAAUGGACGGUGGGGACCUCGAAUUCUCUAACCAAGAAAUGUUGUCAAGUUCUAGUUUUGGUGAAAUUCCAGAAUGUAGUUCGGUGAAGAAGCUUUUCAAUGAAAUUCUCCCGGACAUGCAUGCUUGUAUUCAUACGCACACUUGCAAUCCACCUGGUCCUGAUAACUCACAUACACACACUUGUUACCAUGUUCAUACCAAGGUUGUUCCUCCCCCUGCCCCAUGUGAGAAUGAUAAGAUCCUCAGUGACGACACUACUGCAGAGUCUAAUAGAGGAAAGAGAAAACGCCCUUUGAGUAAUAAGGAAGCAGUUUGUAGGUACCGUGAGAAAAAUAAGGCUCGGAUUGCAUCAUUAGAGGAUGGGUUAGUCAGGUUAGGAGCUAUAAAUCAGCAACUGUUGAAGAGGCUGCAGGGUCAAGCUGCCUUGGAAGCUGGGAUUUCCAGGCUCAAGUGCUUGCUCGUGGACAUCCGAGGAAGAAUUGAAGGUGAAAUUGGAUCAUUUCCGUACCAGAAGCCAAUGGAAAUUGGGAACUUUAAUCAGAAUCUUGUUAAUCCUAACCUCCAUGGAGCUUAUGUGAUGAACCCUUGCAACCUACAACGUGAUGAUCAGGUUUAUAAUUGCCUCCAACCGGGUUCAGAAGAGCUAACUGAUCAAGGCGUUAAUAGUUGUGGAUUUGGACUUAAGGAGGUUCCUGGAUGUGCAUUGGGGUAUGGUACUCCUACUGCCAGCGUUUCUCAUGGGAAUAAAAGAACAGGUGAAAUUCACAUUCAUUUGCAUUACUUAUUUUUGGCAUAUUAUCUGAAAAUUGGUCUACACCUGAACUUAAGAAACCUUCCUCCUCUUACAACAACAACAACAUACCCAGUGUAAUCCCACAAGUGAGGUCUGGGGAGGGUAGAGUGUACACAGACCUUAACCCUACCUUGGGAGGUAGAGAGGCACCUUCCUCCUCUUAGUUUACAAGAAAUCUUUCAUGAAAAUAGGAUCUCAUCUUGUUAAAUCAUAUCAGAUGUAGAUUAGCCUGAUUCCUAUAUCCUUUGAAUCGGGGCUCGUUAAUCACAGGAAAUGAUAACCGAUGAAGAUCUCUUAGUAGGUCAGGUAAAACGCUUUACAAAUGUCAUGCAAAGAAACUUCCUAAUCUGUUAAAACUAGAAAUUUAUAUGGUUCAUUAUUGUUCAGGAGCAAAUUUGACCCUUGCCCUAAACUCAAUGGCUCAAGGUUCUAUUUUUCCUACGUAUGAAUGACAAGUCGCUGAUUAUAUUGUACUUGUAUUGUUCCAGUAAUUUAAGACAUUAGGAUCUGUCAUUAACAACGCAACUUAAAUAAACAUUUAUAUUUUAGAUUUUAAUUUCAUAUUAAUCUUGGAGACAAUGGUUUAAAUUUGAAGUUAUAUAAUCCAAACAUCAUAGACUUAAAAGUUUGACUAGCUAUGCAAAUUCUAUUCUUCUCUUAAGAUACUUUUCCCCCUUGAUACUGGCAUUGCUAAAGAAAUUUUUAUGUAGUCCCCAAAUUCCAAAGAGGUUUUUUCAUUUCUAUGUAAGAAUAUCUAUUUAUGUCUGAACGUUGUUAUUGACAUUUUUAAUUCAUAAUUAGAAUGAGUCAUUCUGUAUAUUAGUUGGACCGGUAGCAAAAAGAAGCAAAGUAUAUGUUUGAGUAAGCUGACUGAUAGAAUGAGUAUAGUACGACGUUUCAGCUGUGCUUUCGUACCUUUCAAGCCUGGAUCCGGCACUUUUGUAACCCAAAAAAAAAAAAAAAAAAAAUUGGAACCAAACUAACCCAUUAAAAAAAAAAUAAAAAAUUAGGCUUCA